AUGGCGCCUAGAGUUUCUCUCCUGCUCUCCUUCAUUCUUUCUUCUCUCCUCCUCCCUUUCCUUUCCCAGGCAACUUCCUCAGGCCCCUCACGCGUCGGGCCUUUCGGGCAUCUGAAGAGCUUUGGGUCAUUUAACCAUCUGGAGGGAUCCAAAAAGGGAGACAAAAGGGAAGGCAUCCAGAAGGUGAAGCAGUACCUUCAACGCUAUGGCUACUUGAGCUCCACCCAUUAUUCCCAGAUGGGUAGUGAUGAUUUCGACGAUGCCUUGGAGUCUUCCCUCAAAGCCUUUCAGACCUUCUACCAUCUGAACUCCACAGGAACCCUAGACGCCCCAACAGCCACGCUGAUGUCCAGGCCAAGAUGUGGGUUCCGGGACCACCCCUCAAACUCAAACAGUACUAUCAACCCUAAUUAUUCUUAUACAUCGCGCAUAAAAUGGCCCCGUGAUCAGAUGGAUAUCCACUACACAGUGUUCCCUGGCUCCCAACCUGAGCAACCAAUUAGAAACGGUUUCGACGCAUGGGCUGCUGUUUCGAAUUUCACCUUCGAAAGGGUUCGAGAGGAAUCACGUGCUGUACUCCGAGUUAAGUUUGGCCCCAUUGAUGGCCCUGGAGGAGCCCUGGGUUCCGCCAGCACAUCAUUAUCAUAUACGGACGCAACCAUCACUUUAGAUGACACAGCCUCGUGGACGGUCGGUGCAGUUCCUGGUUCUUACGAUCUGGAAAGUGUUGCUACGCAUGAAAUAGGUCAUAUUCUAGGACUUGACCACAGCCAAUUUGAGGAGGCCCUCAUGUACGCAUACUUUGGUGAUGGAGUGACCAAGAAAUUGGCUCAGGAUGAUAUCGAAGGCCUUAGAAGUAAAUACAGCUGA